CCCAACAAUGAAACCCGCACCCAUCCCUCUUGACUCUUGAGAGCCCCCAUGCCUGCUUCGUGAACGAAACCAACCCACAGCACACAUGAGGGAUCCCUCCCAAAUCUUUCAUGCGCUUGUUGCCCACAAUCCACCCUGAUAGAGGGAAGGUUUCUUAGUGAUUCAAACAAUGGCAGCUACACUAGAGGCGUCAGCGCAGUCAGUAUCCGUAGUGGCCCUUUGGGCUGUGGUUGGAGGCGGUGCCAGUUUCCUUGUGGGACCCCCCAUAAUUGAUUCCAGCGAAUUUCGGUACAAACGCACAGCAGCAGCCUAUUUUUUGUACUUUUAUCUGAUCGUGUUUUUCCAGUCUGUUCUUGCCAUUAAAUUGUGGGACGAGGUCAAGAAGAAAGACAAGAAGGUUUCAUUGUGGGAAGUCAAGUUUGGGCCCCUGAGUUACACUGAUCGAAGAAUCGUGGCGAGCAACCGGACCGUUGGAAACACUCUGGAACAAAUGGCAAUUUUUUUGGUGGGGCUCUGGCUUACUACUCUUCUUACCACGGACGAUCAUGCCAGCAUCUGUGGAUGGGUCUAUGUCAUUUUUAGAUCCAUGUACCCCGCCCUCUAUCUCUACGAUCCCAAUCUGGUUUUGCUGGCUACUAUUCCGAAUUACUGCACUGUGGCUUACCUUUGGGUUACAAUUGUUCGAGCCUGCUUUGUUUCGUAGGUAGGCAGGCAGUAGGUAGAGAGAGAGAAGAAAACAGGUUGCAAAAGAGUAACGUCUAAUAUGUAGAUUAUGGAAGCAUUCGUAGCCAGGGACGUCUUUUCUACGCACUAGGG